GAAAAAUAAUAUCUUUGGAUUGAAACAGAAAAAAAAGAGCUUCCGCCACAAGGAAAGGAACUCCGCGGCUUCCGUUCCGUAUUUACUCAUUACCUCAAAUAUUCGUCUCCCUAUUACUCUUUUCCUCUAGGGUUAGGGUUUUCUUUCCCGAUUCACCUCCGUUCUCUUUCUUCUGAUAAGCUAUGGAAUCUAAUCUCGUUAUCAAGGUUAAGUAUGGAAAUACUCUAAGGCGUUUCAAUGCUCGAAUUGUUGAUGGUGAACACCUGGAUCUUAAUAUGACUGGACUAAGGGCAAAAAUUAUGGGGCUUUUCAAUUUUCCUUUUGAUAGUGAACUUACUCUGACAUAUAUUGAUGAAGAUGGGGAUAUUGUUACCCUUGUUGAUGAUGAUGAUUUGUGUGAUGUGAUGAGGCAACGCCUUAAAUUCUUGAGGAUUAAUGUGCAGCUAAAUAAUGACAAGCUCAGUAAACCUUACACAAGAUCAAGUGGUGGUUCUACUCCCUUGAGAUCUCCAUCUGUUCAGCCUCCGUUGCCAAGCUUUAAUACUGCUUCUGCUGAUGCACUGAAUUCUGUACCAGAGCCUCUUCGUGAUGCUCUAAGUGAAGUUUUCUCAAAGCUUUCCGUAGAAGUUGCUUCAAAAGCUGCAUCCGCCAGUCCAUUGUUGGGUGAUCUUUUGGAGUCCUUGUCUAAGAUGGGACAAUCCUACUUGAGUCCUGCUUCCCAACCUGGAGUUGGUGCUGAUUCUGGCAUUCCUGUUGGAUCUUCUGAGAGCCCUUCUGGACCAUCUGCUCCAACUGGUGUUUUACCAAAAUUUACAGCUGUUGAUUCAAGCUUCAAGACUGGCAAGGAAGCCAACACUGGAAACGCAGCAGAUGUUGUGGAUGUACCUGUUGGUUUUUAUCCAGGUACUGUUGAUUUGAAUGCUGGCCCUCCUUAUGAUGCCAACCUUUCUGGAUAUACUACCAUGCCCUCUGGACCAUCUGCACCGAACAUUUGUGCUCAUAAUGACAAGAAAAACACAAAGGAGAACAAUGGACGUAACAAGGGGAAGAGUGUGAGCAUGGAUGCAGCAACUCCCUUUGUUGAUACUACAAGGAAAGAUUAUCCUUCAAAUGAAUGUCCCUUCAGUGGAGUGCCUGUAGCAAAUGGCCCUACUGUGCCUCCGUUUUCGUACUAUCCCUUUAGUCCAAGUAAAAGGAGCUUUGUAUCGACUGAUGGAAAUGUCUUGUUUGGUACAUUCCACAAGGGAGUUCAGUGUGAUGGUUGUGGGGUUCUUCCCAUUACUGGACCUCGGUUCAAGUCUAAAGUAAACGACAACUAUGAUCUAUGCAGCAUCUGCUUUUCUAAAAUGGGAAAUGAAGCUGAUUAUAUAAGAAUGGACAAGCCUAUGCAUUACCGGCAUCCAUGGUGUUUCAGGGCAUCAAAUGAUCAUGUUCCAAGAGUUGGCCCAGCACUCCCUCAUGUCUUGAGGAAUCGUGUACUAAAGUUGUCUCGGCCUAAACUAGAAAGUCACUUUAUCUUGGAUGUCAAUGUAUUGGAUGGGACUGUAAUGGCUCCAUCUACACCAUUUACAAAGAUCUGGCGAAUGCGCAACAAUGGUACUCUGCCCUGGUAUCGUGGGAUGCAACUUGUCUGGAUUGGGGGAGACAAGUUAACAAAUGCAAUCUCAGUUGAUAUAGACAUUCCUGCCGAAGGUGUGCCUCUUGAUGGGGACCUGGACAUUGUUGUUGAUUUUACUGCACCAGAGUUGCCUGGUCGGUAUGUUUCUUACUGGAGGAUGGCAUCUGAAUCUGGCAUUAAGUUUGGACAACGUGUUUGGGUUCUUAUCCAUGUUGAUUCUUCCCUGAAGGAUUCAAGUUGUGAUAACCUUCAGGGUUUUAACUUGAAUUUGCCGCCUGAAAGCAGUGGCCAAAAAGACUCUCACAUUGCGGAUAUGAAUGCUGAUUUUGUUACUGAGCUUUGUAGCUCUGGUGCAGGCCCUGUGCCAGUGAAGCACAUGGUUACUGAACAAUCAACAAAGGAGCAGACAGUAAACAACAGUGAUGUCCCAGACCCUGUUCCUACAUCCUCAUUCGCGAGUUAUCCCAUCAUUGAUCAAAGUGUUGUAGUACCUGUUUCCCAACCACCUAUACAAUCUUCAUCUGAGGCAUAUCCCAUCAGUGACCAAGGCAUUUCAGUCCCUGCGGUUCCACAAACUCCACCUUCAUCUGUGUCUUAUCCUAUCAUUGAUUUUUCAGAAGCUGCUCCUGUUGGACCCUCUCAAGUGCCACACCCUGCAAUCAGCGUGCAAGCACCUAGUCAAGGGGAGAGUGAAAAUAUUGUUGAGCAGUCUCUACUUAAGGAACUUGAAGAUAUGGGGUUCAAGCAGGUUGAUUUGAACAAGGACAUUUUGAGGAGGAAUGAAUAUGAUCUGGAGAAGUCUGUUGAUGAUCUUUGUGGGGUGGCUGAAUGGGAUCCGAUACUUGAGGAGCUGCAGGAAAUGGGUUUCUGUGAUGCUGAAACGAACAAGAAGCUGCUGAAGAAGAACAACGGAAGCAUCAAGGGAGUUGUCAUGGAUCUGUUAACAGGAGAAGGUGCUUAAAUUAUUAAUUAUGGAUGAUGGCUCUUGGUUUCUAGGCAUUUUAUUAUAUAUAAAUAAAUGAGUGUGCGCAUCUAAACCAUGUCUUUAUGAAGCAGCUGCCUUUUAAUUUCUUGUCUUCUGAAGUAUGCGGGGGCUAAAGAAACGAGCUGUAAACGUUUUGCUGUUUAUUUGAACUAUGAAGCCUAAAGGCUAUAACUACUUGUGUAUAUAUAGUUAUUUACAUUAAAUAUAUAUUUGUCCCAUUUGUCUUGAAAAAUUAAAUUCAAAAAAUCGAGGGAAGGUGACACUUAUCUAGCCA